UGUAAAUAGCACAAUUAUAGUGAUCUUGGACGCAUUCCUUGAAUAUUACCCGAACACGUGUAUAAUGUGACACAAAUUUCUAUGCUGCUCUCUCCCACAGAGGAGCUGACCACCCCUGCACUCGCUCUUCCGAGUUUCAGCAUCUGGAAGGAAAGUCUUUAAUUAUGGAGUGUAACCUGCUUAAUUCACUUGGCCAAACCAACUUCCCAAGGUUCAAGGUGGAAAAUAUGGAUGGCGUUAGAGGAAAUAUGGCUUCAUGCUAUUCAAGAAUAGGUUUCCAUAGGAUGCACAAAUCAUUUUCUGUCCCCAAUUGGAAAUACAGUAUACCAUGUACCUCUUGGAAAAUAUCUUGUGCCCCUGAAAAUUUGGAGGAGGAAUUUUCAGUGGCAGUAUCGGAUAAAAUAGCAGAGGUUGGUCAGUCUGAUCCUGAAGAAGUUCUUGACCGACCUUUGAAAAGCGAUGAGUUGAAGUUACUGCUUGCCGAUGCUGAAAGAUCGAAGCUUCUCAAUAAAAUGAGUGAAGCCAAUCGAUAUAAUCGGUUGCUUAAGCGAGAGUUGCAAGCCAAGGAGGAUGCGCUGGUUAAUUUCAAAAGUGAGCUUUCAGUCAUCGAACUUGAGAUUCAGGGUUUGGUUAGAUUGGCUGAAGAAAUUGCUAAAUCUGCUAUCCCAGCUGGUUCAAGAAAAAUUAAUGGGAGAUAUAUCCAGUCGCAGCUGUUUUCACGUUUGGAAGCCAUACAAGAAAAAUUGAAGGAGCAAAUAAAGGACGUGGAAGCUGUACAAGCCAAAGAGGUUCCUUUAUCCUGGGUUGGGGUAGCAGAGAGUGUACAAGUAAUGGGUUCCUUUGAUGGUUGGAGUCAAGGAGAGCACUUAUCUCCAGAGUACACUGGCUCUUAUAUGCACUUUUCAGCUACAUUGUUUCUAAGACCUGGAAGGUAUGAAAUUAAGUUCUUGAUAGAUGGUGACUGGAAACUAUCCCCAGAAUUACCAACUACUGGAGAGGGGUUAACCAAGAACAAUUUAUUGGUCGUGGAAUAGCUCGUUUAGGAUGUAUAUCUGCUGAAAGUCUGCAUUCUGGGCUGCAAGAACAACUUAGUAAUUGUCGAAUUGCUCCUGUAGCACUCAGCAUGUCAUGUCUACCUGCCGAAGGUUGUGCCAUAGGUGUGAAAUGUCCGUCUUUGAGGAUCCAGAUCUCAAGCCUGUCAAUUUAUGUAAUGGACUAUUGGGAAAAUAUUUGUUUGAGGAAUGUUAAGUAAGCAAUGUUGUCAUUGUAUAUAUGCUAACUAUCGACUAGCUUUUAAGUCGUACUAAUGUAUAAGCUUCAGCCAUAAACGUGUUCAUUCAUCAUU